AUGGUUGGAGUCUGCAUGACAGCAGAGAACAGCCUAGGACUCCUAGAAGUCCGAACCACGCUCAGACCCUCAGACUACACGUUUCUGGAGAUACAGACUCUUAAGCCAUAUCCCCAGAGAGAAAAUUUGAUAAUCUCCGAUAUGAUCAUUUUCAUGUUUUACUUAAAAGUCAUUAUUCACUUUAACUCCAGCUCUCUAGACAACAACAUCUUCCUGAACACCCUUGCAGACAAACAAUAUCUGAGUGCCUUCUAUGGGCUGCCACAGAGCUCAAGGCAUAUGCAGAAAAGGAACUCAGACCCUGUAGGGAAGAGACUCCAGAACAUGCAGUCCUUCUUUGGACUGCCGUCAACUAGUCAACUUGACAGAGAAACUUUAGAUCUAAUGAAGCAGCCAAGGUGUAGAGUCCCUGAUGUAGUGGAAUAAAAUUUUUUCCCAAGGAAAAUGAAAUGGCCAAUUCAUAGUUUGACAUACUGGAUAGUGAAUUAUACUUCAAACUUGCCUUGUGAAAUUGUGGACCAAGCAAUCCAAGCAGCAUUACAAGUCUGGAGUGAGGAGACCUCACUUGCCUUCACCAGUCUUCCCCAGGGCACUGCUGACAUCAUGAUCCUCUUUGGAAGCAAAGAAAAUGGGGAUUUCUUCCCCUUUGAUGGGUCCUUUGGACAACUGGCUCAUGCUUUUGCUCCUAGUGAAGGCCUUGGAGGUGAUGUCCAUUUUGAUGAUGAUGAACUCUGGACAAGUGAUUUUAAAGACUUUAAUCUGUUUGCUGUUGCUGCGCAUGAAUUUGGUCACUCCUUGGGACUACAUCACUCGAGUGACCCUGAAGCUCUGAUGUAUCCUAUUUACAAAUACAAUGCCAUGAGAGAGAAGAUUCUGUCUGAAGAUGAUAUCAAAGGCAUUCAGGCCCUCUAUGUUUGUGAGUAUUUUCUAACAUUAAGAGAGAACAAAGAUGAGUGUGAAGCAAGUCAAAUGAGAAUGCUGGAUUGUACACUUAUUUCUGAUCUAGGAAAGGGACCAUUAGAUGACCAGAUUCCAGGGACAUGUGAUCCGAAGUUCACAGUCGAUGCCAUUACUGAGCUAUGUGGAAAAAAAAAAUUAUCUUUAAGGAAAUGUAUUCAUGUGUGCACUCUUCAAUUAUUUUCACUGCAGUCUGAUGAUGAGAUUAUGGCUGAAAAAAACCCAUUGCUCAUCCAUUCAUUUUGGCCAAAUCUUCCCAACCAGAUUAUUGCAGCAUAUGAAGAAAGACCUGAAAAAGAUCUUGCAUUUGUAUUCAGAGGACAAAAAUUAUGGGCCCUCCAAGGUCACGUAGUCCUGGAUGGGUAUCCCAAGGAUAUUAAUAAACUUGGAUUUCCCCCAAACAUUAAAAGGAUAGAUGCUACCAUCCAUCAUCCUAAAACUGGAUUGACUACAUUUUUCACUGGAGAUAAGAUCUGGAGGUUCAGUGAAGAAAGGCUGACUAUGGAAGAAGGAUAUCCCAGAUCUCUUAAGGAUUGCUUUCCAGGAAUUGGGCAAAAAGUAGAUGUGGUCUACCAACAAAAUGGCAAGUGUUUCCUAUUUCCAAAUCUUUAA